CACGUGUCACUCCAUCCAUCCCCAAAAGCGGUGAAGAUGCGCGUCGUUGGAUUGGUGUGUCUGGUGCUGCUGGGAGCCCUGGCCUGGCAGGCGAGGGGGCAGGACGAAGAAGAAGAGAACACUGAGACCUACGCUUCGGCCCUGCUGGAGUCCUGCAGCGGAUGACGUUUGAACAAACUUCCGAAGGUGAAGAAUUUCAUCAACAAUCACCUUCCGAAGUAUCCUAAUGUGGAUGUCAAGUACGUGGGAGGGAGGGAUCCUGAGAUGCUCUUCAUGAAUGACAGUGGAGAGGUGGUCAAGAGGGCGUCGGUGGUGAGUAUGAAUGAAGACGAGAUCAAUCAACUGCUCAACGAUCACGGGUUCUUCAAGGAAGAAGAGCCUGAGCCAGUUCCCGACUCUGAUGACGAGUCCAAAGAAGAGCUGUAGCAGCCCCUUCACCCCUCUCUCCCUCUCUCUGUCUCUUCCUUCACGUGGUUGUGUGUGUGUUUGUGCUGUUCUUGUGGAGUGUAUGACGUGGUUGUUCCCUCAACGGUCAAGGCCGAGGGCAACCGCUGAUGUUCCGAUGUCCACAGACUAGCCUGUACUACACAAAUCAUGUUUACAUAAUUAUACGCGCA